AUGUGGCGGAGCAGCGGCCUGCGGCUCGGAGCGCGGCUCUGCUGCCCUCGCGGCGGUGCACGGGCUCCCGCCGAGCGCGGCCACCGGAGCCUGGUCUCCUGCAUCGAUCCUUCCAUCGGGCUAAAUGAAGAGCAGAAAGGAUAUCAGAAAGUGGCCUUUGACUUUGCAGCCCGGGAGAUGGCUCCACACAUGGCAGAGUGGGACCAGAAGGAACUGUUCCCCGUGGACGUGAUGCGGAAGGCGGCCCAGCUGGGCUUCGGCGGGGUCUACGUACGGACAGACGUAGGUGGGUCUGGACUGUCCCGGCUCGAUACCUCCGUCAUCUUUGAAGCCUUGGCGACGGGCUGUACCAGCACCACCGCCUACAUAAGCAUCCACAACAUGUGUGUCUGGAUGAUCGACACCUUUGGCAAUGAGGAGCAGAGGCACCGGUUUUGCCCGCCGCUCUGCACCAUGGAGAAAUUUGCUUCCUACUGCCUCACGGAGCCAGGAAGUGGGAGCGAUGCUGCCUCCCUUUUGACCUCAGCUAAACGGCAAGGAGAUCAUUACAUCCUCAAUGGCUCCAAGGCCUUCAUCAGCGGUGGAGGGGAGUCGGACAUCUAUGUGGUCAUGUGCCGGACGGGAGGGCCAGGCCCCAGAGGCAUCUCGUGCAUAGUGGUGGAGAAGGGGACGCCUGGCCUCAGCUUUGGCAAGAAGGAAAAAAAGGUGGGGUGGAACUCCCAGCCAACCCGCGCCGUGAUCUUUGAAGACUGUGCGGUCCCUGCGGCCAACAGGAUUGGGAACGAGGGGCAAGGCUUCCACAUCGCCAUGAAAGGCCUGAAUGGAGGGAGGAUCAACGUCGCUUCUUGCUCUGUCGGGGCUGCUCAUGCUUCGGUCACCCUCGCCCGAGACCACCUCAAUGUCCGGAAGCAGUUUGGAGAGCUUCUGGCCAAUAACCAGUACCUGCAGUUCAAACUGGCUGAUAUGGCCACAAGGCUGGUGGCCUCGCGGCUGCUGGUCCGCAGCGCGGCGGUGGCUCUGCAGGAGGAGCGGGACGACGCGGUGGCCCUGUGCGCCAUGGCCAAGCUCUUCGCUACAGACGAGUGUUUCGCUAUCUGCAACCAGGCCUUGCAGAUGCACGGAGGCUACGGCUACCUGAAGGACUACGCCGUCCAGCAGUACAUGCGGGACUGCAGGGUCCACCAGAUCCUGGAAGGCAGCAACGAGGUGAUGAGGAUGCUGAUCUCGCGGAGCCUGCUCCAGCAGUAG